AUGGCACUAAGAAGACACAUGAAGAACUUUAUGAAAAAUUAUUCUGAAGCUGAGGUAAAAGUAAGAGAAGCAACUUCUAAUGAUCCUUGGGGUCCCUCCAGUUCUCUGAUGUUAGAGAUAAGUGACUUAACAUACAACAGAGUUUCUUUUUCUGAGAUCAUGAGCAUGAUAUGGCAGAGAAUGAAUGAUUACGGCAAGAACUGGAGGCAUGUGUACAAAUCUCUUACACUCUUGGAUUAUCUCCUCAAGAACGGAUCUAAGAAAGUCAUACAGCAUUGUCAUGAGGGAUCUUAUAACAUUAAGAUGUUAAAGAAUUUUCAUCACAUAGAUGAGGCUGGAAAGGAUCAAGGCUUUUAUGUAAGAGAGAAGUCGAAGCAAGUUAUUGCCUUAUUAACAGAUGAACAACAGCUGCAUAAUGAACGUGAAAUAGCACAUCGCACUCGGCAGCGCACUUCCUACGCAACGCUUUUCCCUCCAAAGACUUCUGGCAAAACUUGUUCAUCAGCAGUGCCUGCCUCAGAUCCCACUGAAGAAUUCCCUUCUUUAGAAAACAUCCCAUAUUUUUCUCUUAAGGCCUCGCCUGCAGCUGAACACAGCCAGUCUGCUCAGAUGUUGGGCAAAGCAGAGAUAUCCUGCGAAACAACAACAUCCAACACCAUCCCAAAGAAGUCCUCAGAGGAUCUUAUCAUCUUCAGCGAGGAUGAACCUUCUACUUCUGCGGUGCAAUCAACAUUUCCUACCAGCGUCUCCAAAGACGAACAGGCCACAGAUAAAAAAGUAAACACCAACACCUUCUGGAAAGCAGAAUGA